GAACAGUAGCGAUGAAAAAUGUUUUCUCUGAAACGUAGCAUGUGUAGUGUGAGUUGUAGUCUUUGCAUGUGUACUGAAACUACAUGCCAAGCCAGCCAAGGUGUUUUGUUAUUUCUAAACACGAAGUGGAGUUUGUUUAUUUUUGUUGUUAGUGGUCAAGGUUUCAGUGAUUCAGCUAACUAGUGAAUUUGAAAGUACAAUGACGUACAAGCAGUGUUUGUUGUACGUAACUUCAGAUAAAAGUUUUACACAAAACUUAAAUUUUGUUGAAGCAUGCAGCCACGAAUGUCAUUGUGUUUGUGUUUAAUUGUGACAACAUGUGAUACGCCUGGGAAUAAAGUACUGUAGAUCAUAAUUCUUAUGAUGUAAAACAUACCACCGGCUAUAAUUUCAAACUGAAUAUGUUUCAUGUUAGCCAGAAUAAGCGUCACAUGCGGACGAUUACUAUCGGUGCGCAUGCACUACUGUUGAUGGUUCUUAGUAUAAGAGCCGACGAAAGUAGUUACACGAAGAUCACCAACACUGAUUUGAUCAAAGAAGCAGAUGAUUCGCUCCUACUUUUGUCGACGCUAGACGGUUCGUUUAUUGGAAUAAGUCAGCGAACAGGAAUGGUGAAAUGGCAAAUUAAAGACGAGCCGGCUGUGAAAGUACCAAUUGACACAUCAAAAGCCAUAAACCCCAUGUACCUGCCAGACCCUAAAGAUGGUUCACUGUAUGUUUUGUCUGAGUCUGAUCAAGAUGCCUUAAAGAAACUGCCAUUUACUAUACCACAGCUUGUUGCCUCUUCACCUUGCCGAAGCAGUGACGGGAUACUUUAUACUGGAAAGAAAGUGGACACCUGGUUUUCAGUUGAUCCUAGGACAGGAGAAAAACAGGAAGUUCUUAGCUAUGACAAGGUUGAUAAGACUUGUCCCAUUUCUAAUGCUGAAUCUGUGCUCAUUGGAAGAACAGAGUACAACAUUAUGAUGCUGGACAGUAAAAAUAAAGGUCGCAGUUGGAAUGUGACAUUUUUUGAUUACUCAGCAAAUCUGAUGGAAGCUGAAACUCGGAAUGAUUAUCCAUACGUUCAUUUUGUGGCGAGUUCUUCAGGGCGAGCACUAAGUAUUGACAGACAUGUGGGAUCACCACUGUGGCAGCAUGACUAUGGUUCACCUGUAAUAGCGAUGUAUAUUUUAGAAGACAGUGGCCUGGUUGCUGUUCCAUUCACAAGUAUUGCAGAGGAAACAUUAGACCACCUUGUACUGCAGUUUGAAACUGAUCCCACAUCCAUCAGCACUUUAAAGUUAUACCCAACACUCUAUGUUGGUGAGCAUUUGCAUGGCAUGUAUGCAUUACCAUCUUUGGUGGACCAAAGUACAGCAACAAUUGCACAUUUGGGUUUACCAUUACUUGAAGGACCAAGUUUGGACACAGAAGAGGCAAGCUCUGAUACCAACAUCCCUAAAACAAAAGCUCCAGAAGCAGAUGUAACAUUUCAAAGUCUGCCUAGAGUAACUAUUGGUCAUCACAAGGUCCCAGAAUACAGUGAAACUGUAAUGAGGAUUACAGGCAGAACUGACAUAAGUGCAAUUGAUACACAUCAUAUUGUUGGUCACAAUAAAACAAAUAUAACUGUAGCUUUUGAGGGAAAUGCCCCAAACACUGAGGCCACCAAGAGGCAAAAUAACAGUCACUUACCUUUUAUAUCAAUUGGAAUACAAACAACAAAAUUAGAUGACUUCAAAGAAAAAUUGGAGGAAUUAUAUGAUAAAUUAUCUACAGGAAGGACAUCCUUCAUUUUAUCACAGGAGUUUCCACUACUGUCUUACACCAUUGCAAAGUCAUGGCUCCACCAACAAGAAAAUGUUGGUUUAAAGUUUACAGUAAUUUUGCUUGUUGCUUCAGUCAUUAUACUGAUUUACUUGAGAGUUCAGGAUCGUGAAUAUUUACGUUCCUCACAAGGAUCAAAUAUAAGUAAUGUAUCAAGUAGUGACAGCAAUUCACAUAUUGUGACAGCGGAAGCAGAAGAUGUUGGUGCUGGCAACAUAAGAGUUGGAAAGAUUAUCUUUAACAGAGAGCAGAUACUUGGAAAAGGCUGUGAAGGAACAUUCGUUUACAAGGGUGAAUUUGACCGGCGAGCCGUAGCUGUAAAGCGGAUAUUGCCCGAGUGCUUCACAGUAGCAGACCGUGAGGUGGCUCUUCUGCGCGAGUCAGAUGCUCAUCCAAAUGUAGUUCGCUACUUUUGCACAGAACAAGAUCGCCUUUUUCGUUAUAUUGCUCUGGAAUUAUGUGCAGCAACAUUGCAAGACUAUGUUGAGGGUAGAUUCCACAUUGGUCGAAUCUCUGCUCGUGACAUUCUGCACCAAGCAGUUGCUGGGUUGCAUCAUUUACAUUCUCUUAAUAUAGUUCACCGUGACAUAAAACCACACAAUGUCUUGCUUUCAAUGCCAGAUGGGAAAGGGGAGGUCAGAGCAAUGAUAUCAGAUUUUGGUUUAUGUAAGAAACUGAAGAUUGGGCGCAC